AUGGGAGCGCCAGAGGCUCCUGGGCCGAACGAUGAGGCUAUGCCACAUGGCUCAGAGCAGACCAGAGAAAAUGAAGAUACUCUCGAUCUAGAGAAAUUAGGAAGAGAGCGUCCAAAAUGCUUUAGAGGGUUUUGGUCGGAAGUAUGCUUUUGUCUUUCCAUUUUCAUGUCCCAAAUCCUUGCAGAAUACUACAUCUCAGGCUCAAAUGUCCUUCUACCAACGCUCGUCAAGCAGCUUGAUCUACCCGAAGCUUCAGCGAUAUGGCCGUCUACCGCCCUGUCGCUGGUUGUCACCUCGACGCUACUCAUCUUUGGCAGAUUAACUGACAUGUACGGUGGAUAUCUCAUCUACAGCGGCGGAGCUAUUUGGCUCACGAUAUCCUCCAUCUUAUGCGGUGUCUCCCAGACAUGGUUGAUGCUGAUCAUUUGCCGAGCGUUGCAGGGCUUUGCUUUAGCCGCUUUUCUUCCAUCUGGCAUCAUGAUUCUUGGCAGCACUUACCGACCAGGGCCUAGAAAGAACGUCGUCUUCAGUAUCUACGGCGCAUGUGCGGCGUUGGGAUUCUUUGUCGGCAUUUUUUUCUCGGGACUUUGUGGUGAAUAUCUCACCUGGAGAUGGUAUUUCUUUUUCGGGGCUAUUCUCUCUGCUAUCACGGCCGCUCUGUCGCUGUUCUCCAUUCCUCGCGACUAUGCUGAGAAGAAGAGCAGCGGAGUUAAGAUGGAUUGGCCCGGCGCAUGUCUCUCCAUCCCCGCAGCAGUGUUCAUUGUGUUCGCUAUUGCGGACAGUUCAUAUGCUCCUCAAGGAUGGAGAACGCCAUACAUCCCGGUUUUCUUCGUCCUUGGCAUGAUUCUCCUAGGCGCCAUGGUUUACGUCGAAGGAUGGGUUGUUGAGAACCCUUUGCUUCCUGGCGACAUAUUCAGAAUCAAGUACAUGCUGCCUCUGGUUGUCGCUUUGCUCUUCUUGUACGGCACAUUGGGUAUAUUCCUACUCUACGCUGUUCUUUACAUGUCUGAGAUAAUGGGAGCAUCACCAAUGCAAAUUGUCGCUUGGGCUGUGCCUAUGGCAGUCGGCGGUCUCAUCCUCUCCGUCGCGGGAGGACUGAUCUUCCACAAAGUCCCAGGAACACUCCUGAUGCUGAUAUCAUGUCUUGGCUAUGUGGGAUCUGGAUUAUUGUUUGCUGUCAUUCCUCUUGGUGGGAACUACUGGGCUUUCGUGUUCCCGGCCAUGAUCUGCGGCACAGUCGGCAUUGACAUCAGCUUCAACGUCACGAAUGUUUUCAUCACGACGAACCUACCAAAUGCGAGGCAAGGUCUGGCUGGUGCGUUGAUUAAUUGUACUUUGCAUAUGGGAAUUGCUGUUAUGCUUGGUUUUGCGGACAUUGUUCAGACACAGACACUUGAUCAGGGUACUCGACGCAGCUACAAGGCCGUCUUCUGGUACCAGACAGGACUUGCGAUACUGGGAACUCUUAUUAUUGCCUUUUUUGUGCGGAUACGAGAAGCUAAGAGUGAGCUCACGCUGGACGAGAGAGCGGCAAUGGCGGCUGCGCGAUCGGAGAGAGUUGGCGAGGUCUAG